AUGCCCGAUGCAAUGACAGGUGGACAAUAUUCCAGAAGGAUCCUUCGCAUUAACCGCUUCACAAUCCUGAUGGAUGUUGUGACGACGAGCAUUGCUGUUGGGUUGGUCAUCUUUUACAUAUUUUCCUUGGCGAGCGCUCCACUAGAAACACAAAGUGAGAUGGACUUCAAGCUGCUUCUGGCCUAUGUGUGCUUCACCGUGAUUCUGAGAAUAUUCUACAUGAUUCAGCUGAUUGCAAAGCUGAAAGUGUACUGGGAGCAUGGCCCCUGCGAGGUUACAGAGCUUCCUUUCCAGAACCUCAUCGACUUUGUUGGCAAGUUUGUUCCUCUAGUCGAACCAGGACACAUCAUUUGCCUGUGUUGGAUGACUAGCCGUGUGUUUCCGUUCAAGUCGUGCGGUGUAACGUACUGGGCAGUCUGCAGAUCCAUGCAGAUUGCUUCCACAGUGUUUGUUGCCAUCUGGAUCUUCACUGGUUUGUUUGUUCUGUUUGUCAUCUUCAGCAUUGCCUUCUACGGGGGAAACCAGGCACGGAGAUCUGAAGUCCUCACGAUGACGCCGAUCCCGGACCCGUUGAGACAUUCUAUAAUCAACAACCUCCCCAUCAGCCACAACGCUCCUCCGGAUAACGAUCCUUGCGCCAUCUGUUUUGAGGUUGACACACAACAUGAAUGGAGGGUCCUUCCGUGUGGUCAUAGAUUUCAUCCCAACUGUAUCGACGACUGGCUGCGCAAGCCGAGUAAGUGGCGAACUAUGGAAGUUGCCCGACUUGCCGGCAGGACCCUGUGGCAAGACACGGGAACAACCCGAUGCCUGAGGAAACAAGAGUCCCCGUACAGGAGCAAGCACCGGCACAGGACAGUGCAAAUCGCCAUGGCACAGAAGGAGAGGAAGAACACGGAUUCAGGAUAA